CCAAUGCGCCAAGAAACCACCGGCCCGAUAAUUGUUCCGGCAUCGUUCGACUCCAGAUCACGGCAUUGAGAGCUGUAAUAAUUCGACUUAUGAUAACUUUUGUUUUCAAGGAAUUCGAAGGCAGUCCAGAUUUCACAUUGCCAAGCAGCCCGAGUCUUAUUUCAAGUUGUCGCCCAUUCUGAUUCAGACCUCAAUCGAGUCAACAUGGCAAGCGCAUCGCCAUUUGCGCUCGUGCCAGCAGAGGUCUCUGACGCCCUUGCUAUCGCCAAAAUAUUUGCCGUUUCCUGGACAUCCCCUUUCACACGCCUUCAAUUUGGGGAGGUAAAUCCUGACACACUGGCCACCACCAUGGCAUCACAGAUAGCAUCAUUGAUAGAAAAUUCGCCAAAUACAUUGUUCAUGGUAAUGCGUUCUGCGUCCCAGGAGAUCGCCGCUGUCGCCCAUUGGACGCUUCCAACGACGGUUGGAGAAUCCCGCGAGAAUGAAUCUGCGGAGGAGAAACGAGAGCGUGAGCUAUGCAAGGACGAAGUAUAUCUCCAGGAGUUGCCGGAUGGUUGCAACAAAGCUCUCGUGUACGAGUUUAUGCUCAGUCUACGUAUUCUCCGUAAUGAGACACUGCUUUCGCGUCCCUACUUCCUGUUGGAUAAUAUAGCCACUGAUCCUGCGCAUCGUGGAAAGGGUUUGGCUUCGCGUCUUAUCGAGUGGGUUUUCCCACACGCAGACAAGAUGCAGAAUGGCAAAGGUGUGGUAGUGUAUCUCGAGACUUCAAGUGAAAGUCCGGCCGAGAAGUUGUACAAGAGGCUAGGGUUCGAGGAGAAGGGGAAGGCAGUAAUCAAUAAUCUCGAAAGGUUCGGGGGAGAAGGUGAACAUGUGCAUGUUGCCUUUACAAGAGAACCGAGGAAAGCAGUCACUUGA